AUGUCCGCUGUUGAAAGCGCGCUGGACGUCUUGUCUCGGGCAGCUACGAUGAUGCAAGAGAGAUUCCACUGUGUUUACAUUUCAUUACGUUACGUUCUUUUCAAUUUCGAGCAAAAUUACGUAUUAAAAUGUCUUGAUAUGAUAAGAUCCCAGUUUAAAAUUCUUGGAUGUUCUUCAUGUUUUGAUUGA